AUGGCUCCAACCAGUUCACGCAAGAAGCAGACACUCGCACUGCACAAGCCGAUAAAGCGGCCCGUCGCCUCCGCCCCCAGACUAGAAAGGCCCCCAAAUGAGCUACCUACCUCCAGUAGCAAAGCGCCAAAAUCUGCUUCCGCCCCUUUAAGAACUGCGCAAGCUUCCCCAGGUCUCAGUUCCCGCAAUGCAGCUUCGGCGUUGGCUUCUACUUCCAGCAAGCCCAGGGGCAUACUUUCCAAGUCAGGCCCAAAUACCUCACUAAGAAAGGAUGUCUCCGUGCGAAAGACAAAGAAAACGGAUGCUAGAAAGCUUGCUGCUCUUUCUGCAGAGAGAUCCAACUCACAAUUGCCGAUGGAUAUGCCCCUGUCUACUGAACAGCCGGCUUCCGUACCGUUUCCCAGAGGUAGCCGCUCAAGAAAAGCGAAGGAGUCCCAGCUUUCAGGGCCAAAGCUAGCAGCAAUGAUGAGGGAAGCAGAGAAGACUAGACGGAGGAGCAACUCAGUGGAUUUGGGGCGGGGGCGGGAGGAGGAAGUGGAGAUGGAGAUGGUUGAUGAAGAGGAGCAAAAUCAGCACCAAAAGAAGCUGGAAGGGCGGAAGCUCCCGCAGAAGCGGCCAAUAAAGGAGAGAAAUGAAGAGCGGGAAAUGGAAGAGGAAGAGGAAGAGGAAGAGAUUAGGGAACGACGAAAGAGACAGAAGGAGACGGAGAAGGAGGAGGUGGUGGAGGAGGAGGAGGAGGAGGAAGCGGGACCGGAAGAAGCUACUGAUGACGUUGAUGAUCUCGACAUAGAAAAUGGGAGUGUCCAGACUGAUCGAGAGGGAGAUGUUCCGAUGGAGGAUAACGACGACGACGAGGAUGGACAGGAAGAGCUCGAUGACGAGAUCGAUAGUCUUGACAUGGAUGAUGGGAGUGUCCAAAUGGAUCGGGAAGGAAAUGUUACGAUGCAUGAUGUGGACAACGAUUACCAAACGCUGGAUGGCUCACCUCAGGAGGAUGUGGAGCUUGAAGAAAGUUGGGAGAAUGUGGAGGAGGAUGGCGAAGAUACGGAUAUGAUUCCCGAAAGUGAGAGGGGAGAAGAAGACGGCGAUGGCGGUCAGUCGGGUGUUGAGGAAGGGGGCGAUGCGGAGUGGGAUGGACUCAAGUCGCCAGGGAGUGCAAUUGAGGAUAAUGAGGAGGAUGAGGAAGAGGAGGAAGAGUAUGAGCCAGAAGAUAUUGAACGAGAAUGGGCAGGUGGCGAGGCAGGAGGUGAAGAGGAAGAAGAGAAUGAGGAGGAAGGAGAGGAUGAGGAGGAAGGAGAGGAUGAAGACGAGAGUGAAGAGUUGGAGGAUGAGGAAGGGACUACUGGAGAUUCUGCGGAUGCAAAUGUAGGUGCAGACACAGAUCCACCUGCACCUGCAGAAGAACACGCCGAGCAGGAAGUCACGUUAAUCGAUGAGGAAGGAAACAACGACUCCACGACGGAAACCCUGCCAUCGGCCGAUGAAGAAGAGAACGCUGGAAUCUACAACACAGUCAAGGAGUUGAUUCAAAACAUUCCAUCAAAGCACUUCGUCUACUGCAGAACGCUCGACCAGCCGAACGACAUACAACAUGUGGCCUUCAAGGUUUACGACACUGACGGGAAGGAGUACGACUUCGACACGCGGAACUUGCGGGACGACCAAGAAGCCCUUGGCAGGCUCCUUAGUGUGGCACAGGGGAUCUACAAGAAGGACUACGGUUGGGAGUAUGCCAACCUAAAGCGGGACUGUACCUUCUUUAUGAGUGCAAGGAGGGAAGAGAAGACGACCAAGGCAAAGCCCAAGACCAAAAAGAAAGCCACGAAAGGAAAGCCCAAGACACAAGGGUCAAAACAGGAACAAGCGCCAACAUACAAAGGCCAUAUCACGGUUGUUGAUGGUGGUGGUUUUGACGACGAUGAUUGUGAUGAUGGCGGUGAUGAAGGCGGGCAAUGGGACAAGUAUAUCCAGAGGCUGGCGGAAGAGGCCUUAGAUGUUCUUGGGACGAUACCUAAAGUCAGGUUCAAACCAGAGCUGGAGUAUAUGUGGGUAUGGGGGGAAAAAACUUUGUUUCCGAACUACGACUUCCCUAAACCCGAGGAAGACAAGUAUCUUGCCGGUAGACUGAUGGUCAUUCUAGCCGGUCUCGAUUACGAAGGCGGCGAGUUUGCGUUCAGUUGCGAGAACAGGUGCCAUUACUUUGAUCCAAAGGCGGAGCCAUGCCUCAUUGCUACAUUAAGCGGCGGUAGCGCCUACGUCGACGCACAUCCUCUGACCUCCGGCUACCGCAUCGGUUUAGUCUACCAACUACGUUUUCCCAUAGUCAAAAUGGCAGAUCAAAAUACGGCCGUGAACGCAGUCAAUAUUCUCAACGAUUACGAGAAGGAAUUCCUCGACGGACUCACCACAUGGCGCAACAGAGUCCGGAACGCUGACGACGACAAGCCGAAUGGCAUCCACCGGACGGUAUAUUACAUCCUGAAGAAACAGUUAUCUGGCACAAAGGACUUCGACCCGUCCGCAGACCUGAUUCCGGCGCAGAAGCUUCAGCUGGCCUGGCUUUACAAACUUUGUUGCCAAAUGCCUGGGAAACGCAUUGGUGAUGAGGUCUAUAACUGGCAGCUACAUGUUGAUCUGGCGGUACUCUCUUGCAGAACGGUUAAGCGGAAGGAUAAGGGUGGGGCGAUUUCUCUGCGUCCGGGAUUUGAAGUUGGAUGGACGGCAGAUGCGGAUAUUGAAACAGAUGAUUGGAAUCGCAAUCAGGGAGAGGCAGGAAUGGAGUGCAUCAGGCUCAACACGCCUAGUGACGGCUGA